AUGGAGGAUCAAGUUGUUGCGUUUGGCGUGGGAUUGCUCUGCCUGCGGAGAAGACGUCGGAGAUCGGUGUGGGUGCAUGACAUUCUCCAAGCCCGUCAGCAGCUUGGAGAAUAUCACCGGCUGGUGCAGGAGCUGCGGCUGGACGACGGCAGGUUCCAGCGAUAUUUCAGGCUGGAUAGGGACCAGUUUGACAACCUGCUGUCAAAAGUGGGGCCGCGAAUUGCGAGGCAGGACACCAGUUAUCGGCACGCAAUUGAGCCGGCUGAGCGCCUCGCAAUUUGUCUACGAUUCUUGGCCACUGGAGACUCCUACCGCACCAUAGCUUUCAGCUAUCGUGUGGGAGUGAGCACCGUAGCAGGGAUUGUUGGAGCGGUCGCCAGGGCAAUAUGGGAUGCCUUGGUGCAGGAGGUCAUGCCAGUCCCCACCACUGAGGACUGGCGAAGCAUCGCCACUGACUUCCUCCAUCGGUGGAACUUCCCCAACUGUCUUGGGUCCAUCGAUGGAAAACAUGUUGUGAUCAAGGCCCCUGACAACUCAGGGUCCCUGUUCUUCAACUACAAGGGGACUUACUCAGUUGUGCUCCUGGCAGUGGUAGAUGCCCAGUACUGCUUCCGGGUAGUCGAUGUGGGCAGCUACGGGAGGACAAGUGAUGGCGGUGCGCUGGCUAACUCCACUUUCGGCCAGGCACUACGAGAUAGGACCCUUGGCCUGCCACAGGAUGCUCUGCUGCCAAGUGCAGAGCAUUUGGGACCCCAGCCACACGUGUUUGUGGCUGAUGAAGCCUUUCCACUCCGGCGAGACCUCAUGCGGCCUUUCCCAGGACACAAUCUCUCCAGCAGGCAAAGAAUAUUCAAUUACAGGCUGUCACGGGCAAGGCUGAUUGUUGAGAACACCUUUGGUAUUCUCACAGCUCAGUGGCGUAUGUACAGAGGAGUCAUUGAGAUCAGCCCUGCCAACGUGGAUGCCUGUGUGAAGGCUACCUGUGUCCUGCACAACUUCCUGAGAAGGUCCACAAACAGCACCAGUACGUCCAUACCAUCAGCUGGAGACGGAGAAGCUGCUGGUCUACAGGAGGUCACCCGAGUGGGCAGCAACAACCCCACACGGGAGUAG